AGCCCCCACAGCCACAGAGAAGUGGCAAUCAUCCAUUCACGGAGGGAUAUUUGAGGAUGAAAGAUUAAGUUUGUCACAAAGAAGACGACUGUUUUGAGGGUGAAAUAACAAUCAACGAAAAUGAUGACGGGUAAUAUUUUGCCAGAGCAAAAUCUUGAGAAACAAAUUGGGAAGCAAAUGGGAUGCAUGGCUGGUUUCCUUCAGAUCUUUGAUCGUCACCAGAUUCUUUCUGCCAAACGCCUUUACUCUACUAAGCGCCUCCCUCCCAUGCCGACGCCGGCAAGUGAAACGAUAACGGAGCAAGGGAAGACCGUCGAGACACCAGCAAUAUUGAGAGAAUUAGAUAAGCAGCCACAAGGUCGAGUAGCAGCAUCACCGGACCGUUCGAAGCAAUCUCCGGCUACAUCGGAGCUCCGAUACCCGGCGCCGGAAGCUGCUAAGCCGACCGGUAAUCAGAGCAAGUCAUCUCUUCCCGUUCCCAUUUUUGAAUUCAAAGAAGGAAGCGCAAGGUCGCCAUGGAAAUUCUCCAAAGAAGCUCCAAGGCUCUCUCUUGAUAGCAGAGCCGUCGUUGAUGCUAAAGGAAGCUUAAAGCCCCGCGAGAUCCGUACGAACGCCUCCAUAUUUUCUGCCAACCGAUGCGAAAGUAACAGGGAAGAAGAUGAGGCGGAUGAUAACGACAAACAACGACGGUCACCAAGUGUAAUCGCCAGACUCAUGGGACUGGAACCGUUACUGGAUUCCAAUCCUGAACCGGAAAGAAAAGUGGAGCUCCGAAGAUCCGCGUCAGAAGCAAGAGGCCGAGAUCUGUUUCAGCAACGUUUCAUUGAAGGAGUGAAUAUCCAUUCAAAACAAAGCCAGCCACCAAAUUUCCAAAACGGAAGGGCUUUGAGCAAUGCCGUACGAGAAAAUGGAGACAAAGAAGAUCGUGUAAGCACGAGCAGAUCAGAAAGCUUACGAAAUGCUAGAGCUGAGCCGGUUCAAGCUCCAGAUCGAGGAAUGGACCGAAGAAAAUGUUUCUACGAUUCAGCAGAUUUCUUUCCCGAGAGAAAACAAACAGUUUCCGUAUCCGGAGAGAUUGAGAAACGUCUUAAGAGCAGAGGAAUCGAUGAGCCAUUGAAAGAUCCCGAGACUCUCAAGCUAAUACUCGAAGCUUUGCAGCUCAAAGGCCUUUUACACUCUAAGAAAGCUCCAAGCCAAACGAAUAACAGGAACUUUAUUUAUCAGCAAGAACAAUCUCCAAUUGUCGUUAUCAAACCGGGAAGAUCAGCGGCUUCAGCCGUCAGAAGGGUUGGCAAAGAUUCACCUCCUCCAAGUUAUCGCUCAAGACCUGGACCUCGCCGGAACUUGAAUAUUGAGUCAACGCCGACUAUGAGUCCGAGACGUAAUCAGCCGGAGAUUGAACGGAAUGUUCGAAACCAAAGCAGAGGUAAGGGUUCGAUUUCUCCAGGUAGAAGUGAAUGUGGCGUCAGGAGUCCCAACAGAAGGCCACUGAGUAUUGAAACACAGAGGAGAGGAAAUGGCAAUGUAGAGCAGAGAAGAGUGUCCCCGGUUCAGUCCCCUCGGGUUAAUGUGAGAAGAGCGGGAUUAGAUCAGACGACCGGAAAAUUACCCAGAAACAGGAAACCAACAGCUGAGAUUUACGAUAAUGAAGAGAAGGUAUUUAUUCCGGCGGAGGAUCAAACAUCUACAGUUUCAGAAAAUAGCAUUAGCACGUCCUCUCAGUCUGAUACGGAGCGAUCGAAGGAAGGGAAGAGCCUUUUGGAAAGAUGCGAUAUGCUUCUUCAAAACAUUGCAGAGAUGGCCGCUGCCUCGACUGAGUUGCAGCCGAGUCCAGUCUCCGUACUUGAUUCGUCGUUUUACAAGGAAGAGUCGUCUCCUUCCCCUGUCAUGAAAAGGAGCAUCGAUUUCAAAGAUCAACUUGGUGAAUCAGAGGAUGAAAUGUGGAGUCCUGCAAUCUUAUCCCCGGAAUCAAAAUCCCAAGAUGAUUGUGAUUUUACUUACAUUUCCGAUAUCUUCAGAGCAUCAAGCUACUUGCAUGAUGACACUGAUGUCUUUUUACUGCUCGAGAAACAACAAUACGUGAAGGGCAAAGACACCUCCAAAGUGUCUAGACUCCAAAGGAAGCUGAUAUUCGACACCGUCAAUGAAAUUCUCAACCGAAAGAAGCAAUUACCGCCAUGGAAGCUCAUCUCCUUUGCGAAUUCAGGGUGUGGGGAGAUGUCAUUGUCACAAAUUUGGUCCGAAUUCGAAAAAAUUCGAGAGAGUAACGAUUCAGACGACUUGAUUGAUAUCAUUUGUGGUGUGUUAAGAAAGGACCUUGCUGAGGAUGCCAUCAACGGUUGGAAAGGUUGUCCCUCGGAGAUGUCCGAAACGGUCCUCGACAUCGAACGGCUAAUAUUUCGAGACAUAAUCAGCGAAACCAUACGAGACGUCGCUGCUUUGGCCGGGGAAAGUAAUGACAAUAUCCUAGCAUUUCGUAGGAAGUUGGUGUUCUGAUAGUGACUUGAAAAAAAAAGAGGGUGGCCUUUUAAAUUAUUCCUCUCGUGCUUACUUUUAUUAGCUCUUGUAGUUUUAUAUUUAUGUAUAUUUAACACUUUUUCUCAUCGAAUCUUUGAUUUACCUGAAA